AGUUGCUGAAUAUUUGAGCAGUAUAUGUAUAUAAGGUCCUUAUUCUUUUAAAAAGAAUAUUUGGGACUCAAAUUAUGUUUUUUCACAACAACCAUGAGGAAUAUACUGAAAGUCCCCCACAAGAAUUGACACCGGAGGAGUUAGAUAAUAUCCCUUUAUUUACUCCAAGUGGUGGCCUUUUAGGGAUAGACUUAAAAACAAUUGCUGUUGAAAACGAAGCCGAUCUGUUUUUAUUUCCAGAAGAAGUUAACAAACGUAGAUCAAUUGAUUCAAAAAUAUCGGCUUGGACUGGCAUAUCUUUUUUAACUGGAAGCGCCCUCGGGGGUACGUGGGGUUUGGGCGAAGGGCUUUUUUCUUCGCGAGGCGCCUCAAAACGUAUUUUUAUUAACACCGUUUUGAAUUCUAUUGGCCGAAGAGCCGCCUUCUUAGGAAACUACGGCGCUGUUUUGGCUUUACUGCUUUCUCUUAACGAAACUACCAUUGAGAAGAUUACGGGGAGUACCAGCAAUGUGAAUACAUUUGCUGCUGCCAUUGCUACCGGCCUUAUGUUCAAGGCGACUGCUGGCUUCCGGGCCAUGGCACUUUCAGGCGCUCUUGGAGGAGCUACCUUCGGCGUCGGCCUCGCUUUAAGUCGUCUAUUCGGAAGCUCAAAAAUAAACAAGGAAACUUGUCACACCUUGAUUUUCCUUCAGCAUCCGCCGACUUACACUAUCGGAAGGAAAGGUAUUUAUAAUAUUUCAGACGCGCAGCGGCUCAAGAAACUCGGAGCUUGCUAUUACAAAACAAAUCGGGGCGGUGGCAUAACUUUUCACGGGCCUGGUCAGUUAAUUUGCUAUCCAAUACUGGAUUUAAGUUUUUUUAAGAAGAACGUGAAGUGGUACGUCAAUGCGAUCGAGCAAGUCGUUAUUGACACGUGCAAAGAUUUUAAUGUUGAAUCAAGGAGGACAGAACAUCCCGGCGUAUGGAUAGAUGACACCAAGAAAAUUGCGUCUGUUGGGAUUGCGCUCUCCAAUUGGAUCACAUCACACGGCUUUGCGUUGAACGUCGACGUGGAUCAGUUUUGGUUUCAGCAUAUAAUCCCUUGCGGCCUUGAAGGAAAAAAAAUUACUUCCUUAAAAGAUGAAUUAAGCGGAGCGAAUGUCGUUUCGGUUGAAAAGAAAGAUCAGUGUUCAAAUCUAUUCGUAAGCAUAGCUGCCUUGGGGCAACUACUUCAAGUGGCUAUCUGA